UUUUCAUUCAUUUCUAAAUUUUCAGCCCUUUUAGCUGUAUCUAAAUUUCAAGUGAACUUAUUUUCUUUAAAAAGUUAAAAAAAAUUUAAAAAACACGUCUCAAAAUGUGCGACCCUUGCUGCUCUCCCUGCGGACCGUGUCCUUCGCCUUGCGGCCCAUGUGGGCCGUGCGGACCCUGUAGCCCCUGCGAUCCAUGCUGUGCACCGUUUGAGUGCUCACCAAAAUGCUAUACAGGCGCCCAUUUGGAYGCGCUACCGCAGUGUGCGCCACGCGUACCGCCGCCAUGCCCGAAAUGCAUAACAGUACAACAACCGCCACGACUCAUCUGUCGCAAGCGUGUCGUCUUCAAUGAGAAAAUAGUACCSGAACCGAUGGUUGUUAAUCGUUGCCGCCAAAUAACCAUACCCAAAGUUGUGGAUACAACACGUGUCAUAAAAGUACCCAAAUUAACGUGGGUCUCGCAGAUGGUUCGCGAGCCAAGGGUCAUCUACUAUCCAUCGAUGGUGCCCGAUCCCUAUGUGGUUUGCUAUCCGAAACGUAUAUGCGAACCGCGCGAAGUAUGCCAAGCGAUAUUAUGCCAGCCGAAGCCGCAAACAAUUGAUAUACCGCCGCCACGUGAAUAUUGUUGCUAUCCMACCGGACCGAUUAAUUACAAGCCAAGCGUAGCAUGUCCACCAUGUCCAAUGGGACCGUGCUCACCGUGCGGACCCUGCGGUGCAUUGCCAUGUUUUUCAACCAAUCAAUAUCCGAUUUGUGAACCGAGCGGAUGCUUCCCGUGCAAGCCGUCUGGACCUUGCGGUCCUUGUGGACCUUGCUCGCCRUGUCGCGGACCUUGCGGCCCUUGUGGACCUUGUGGCCCUUGUGGACCGUGCAGCCCUUGCGGACCUUGUGGACCAUGUGGACCAUGCGGACCAUAUCAGCCAACACCUUGCGGACCAUGUGGCCCUUGCGGCCCAUGUGGACCCUGUGGCAGCCCUUGUUCGCCAUGCGGACCGUGUAAUCCAUGCGGACCCUGCGGACCAUGCUGUAUACCCAAUUGUGGACCAUGUGGUUUGACAAUGCCUUCGGGUCCGUAUGUACCACCGCCGUGCGAUCCAUGUUGUCUAGGUUGUGGACCUUGUGGGCCACGCGGCCGACGUAGUCGACCAUGUGGACCCUGCGGACCUUGCGGUGCCUGCAGUCCCUGCAUGCCAGGAUGUCCAUAUGAAGCGCCCGAGUGCGGCACAUGCUAUCCAUGUGCGCCGACACCGUGGAAUACACAAUGUGGCCCAUGCGGGCCAUGCGGUCCACAAGUACCAUGUGCACCAUGUGGACCGUGCCCACCGUGCAAUCCUUGUGGCCCGUCGUGUUAAAUACAUACACAUACAUAUAUACAUGCUUAUGUAUAUGAUAGUCUUGUUUGCGAAUAAUUCGAUUUUGAUUUCAUAUUUAUUUUUGGAGAAGAAUGGACCUUUUCUAAAUUAGAAUUGAAAGUAUGCGAAACCAAAUAAUCUAAAAAGCCUAAAGUGACUUAACUAGCUGUUAACAAGGACCAACGCGCGAUCGUCCACGCGGUAUACUCUGUGGUAUACAUUGCACUUGCAUGUGCGUCAAACGCAAUGGAUUGCAAGAUUUGUGCCAUCAUUCCUUGUGCCGAAGACUAUGUUAGCAGGCACUGCUGAACACUUACAUUUAUGCGGUAAAUAAUUGCAAGCGGCAUGUCGCAUAGACAGCCCUCCCUCCUUAAACGUACGCCGUUGUUUUCAAUUUCUUUUUACCGGAUCGCUUAYGACACUUCCCAUCAAUUUACACCCCACACUAACUCUACAUACAAAACUGUGGCUUCAAUGAUGUAAAGGCAAGCAGCAUAUAGCACUGUGAUARAGGAAGCGUAAGCAAUUGCAGCGGAACUCAAGCGUGGUUGAUGUCACAACUUUUGGCGCCGACGAAAAUUGUGUAUUUGCUUUUCCUUAAYGUUCGCAUUUCAACAGCGAUGCAUCUACAUAUGUAUGUAUAUAUGUGAUUUAACAGGAUGCAUCCGAAACUCCUUGAAAAAGCAAAUGUUAAUAAAGUACUAGAUGGUGGUUUCCUUCUUCAUUGAAUAAAA